CAGGCCAGAUCAAUGAUGCCUUCAUUACGUUAACGGGUCAUUGCAGCUCGCGCAGGUCCGUGGCUAUGACUUGACCCCGAGGCAACAUACUUAUCAUAUGUUUGUGUCGGCCUACAUUGUGUCCAGCAUGGCGGACAAGACAACUCCUUACUUUGACACUAUCGUCGUCGGAUGCGGAGGAAUCGGUAGCGCAGCAGUAUUUUGGUUGUCAAAGACAUCCUCCUCAGUUUUGGGUUUGGAACAGUUUGAACUUGGACAUGAGAGAGGCGGUUCACAGGAUGUUUCUCGAGUUAUUCGCCAUGGUUACCACGAUGAAACAUACAGUCGCCUCAUCCCUCAUGCCUACAGCGCAUGGGAAGACCUGGAAAGAGAAAGUGGGCUGAACAUCAUCCAUAAAACAGGAGGCUUGCAGCUGGCGAGGAGAGGAGAAGGCGAUCACGUGCUACAGACGUAUAUGGCCGCCAUGACCCGAGAUAACAUCAAAUUUGAUCGCCUGACAAAUACGGAGUUGAUGCGGCGUUUUCCUCAGUUCAAUCUGGCGUCAAACGUUGAGGGAUUUCACGUGAAGGAUUCUGGGAUAGUCGACGCCGCUCUGGCAAACGCAGCUCACAUUCAGUUAGCCCGGGGUAAUGGGGCAACUAUCAUAGACAGGUGCCCCGUCACGAGACUUCACAGGGCUAAUAACGGUAACGUCGUGGUUCACACAACGAAGGGCGUGUUCGAGUGCCGGAAGGUGGUGGUGACGGCAGGGGGGUGGCUCAACUCGGUCGUGGGGACAAUCGGCGUCUACGUCCCCGUCACCGUCACACAGGAGCAGGUGACGUACUACGCCACGCCGCAUAUGAAGGAGUUCACGAAAGACAGGUUUCCGGUAUGGUGUUUCCACGGGCCCCGUUACGACAUUUACGCCCUCCCCAUCCAUGGCAACACAGGGACAAAGGUCGGCAUCGACGCUGGAGGUCACGUGGUCACCGCCGACGCAAGGACGUUUGAUCCCGAUCCUGUGCGUGAAAAGGCGUGCUCCGAUCUCGUCGACGAGAUUUGUCCUAAGUUUGCAGGACCGAUCCUAAGCACCAAAACCUGUCUCUACACCAUGCCUCCAGACAGACACUUCGUUGUCGACACAUGCGCAUACAAGGGCUGGUCUGACGUCAUCGUUUGUUGUGGAGCUGGACAUGCGUACAAAUUUGCAAGUAUUCUUGGAAAGAUCUUGAGCGAACUCGCCGUUGACGGCCGUACCCAGUACGAUAUCAGUCAGUUCAACAUCACCAGAGACGCGAUUCAGGAUUCCACCUUCAAACCAACGUUUUUCAUGGGAGCAGGGGUGGAGGCAAAAUUAUAAUUCUCACCCGAUGUGAGGCCAAACUGGGUUUAAUGAAAUAGGAUUCACACAACGAAUGGACUUAUUAAUGAGAUGUUCUGAUUGAUCUUUUUACCUCAAAUAGAUGGAGCAAAUUGUUUUUGAUAAAUUGAUUGGUGAUUGUUGUAUGAGAAUAGGGACGAAUAAAUCCACAGUCAUCUACCUAACACAAUCAAUACUAAACACGUAGGAGAGAAACACCUCAAUGCUGUAUAUGACGUGGAACUGGUAUGGCACUGAUAAUGACAUGAUAAAGAAACAUCUGUCUGUAUCACGUUCCUAUGAAUGAAUAAUUAUAUAGAUCUUUCAGUGCGUAGGCAGUGAUUGUUUCAGGAUGUUCGUGUCUAUACAGUGAUUGUUUCAGGAUGUUCCUGUCUAUGCAGUGAUUGUUUCAGGAUGUUCCUGUUUAAAUUGUAAUUGCAUCAGGGUGUUGCUGUCUAGAACAGUCCAGUAAAAGUUGGGUAAACCCAUGAGAGUAAGGAUAAGCUGAGAAGGAAUUAGUGGAGGUAAAUCAUUUUAUCUGUUGCAUAAGAUCAAAGAUGUUUACGUUUAGAAUAUGACAAUAUUUAUGCAUUGUCCUUAGGAAAUGAUAAAUUGGGCUGACGUGGAAACCAUGCAUAUUUUAGUUCAAGAUUUGUUGAAAAUUAGUAAACCAAUUUAUUUGACAUGAAACAAUUAUAUUGAGAAGGAAAAUGAUGUUGAGAUGAUUAGUUAUCUUAUUUUUACAUAAGGGAUGUCAAAGAAAGGGCAAAAUAUCAACAUGGCUUGGGUACAAAAUUGUUUAAAUUGCAAUUUAACAGAGAGUUCACAGCUGAUCAAGAAAGUUGAACAGGCAGAGAGGACCAAUGGGCAGCAGACGAACUUUGGUGCUGCUCCUUUGAACAGAAAACGAAUCUACCGCGAGGUAGAAAAUCGCCUCUGUUGGUCAAAGGAACUAUUGAACCAGGGACUAAAUACUCGCAGCAAUUGCUUGGAUGCUGUAGGACCAUGUCAUAUGGAUAGUGACGUGAAAGAAUAUACUGUGGAUAUUUAUGUGCUUACUCAGAAACAAUAAGUCGAAUCUAGGUUCUUGUGACUAAAAUGUGUUAUUUGUUUUGCCAUCCAUGUACCUCAAUAAAUUAGUUUCUCCAUA